AUGAUCGCCUCACAUAUGAUCGCCUGCUUAUUCACCGAGCUCAACCAAAACCAAGUGCAGAAGGUUGACCAAUAUCUGUACCACAUGCGUCUCUCAGAUGAGACUCUUCUGGAGAUUUCUAGGCGGUUCCGGAAGGAAAUGGAGAAAGGGCUAGGAGCCACCACACACCCUACUGCAGCUGUGAAAAUGCUGCCCACCUUUGUGAGAUCAACUCCGGAUGGGACAGAACAUGGAGAGUUCUUGGCUCUGGACCUUGGAGGAACCAACUUCCGUGUGCUUCGAGUAAGGGUGACAGACAAUGGCCUCCAGAAGGUGGAGAUGGAAAACCAAAUCUAUGCCAUCCCUGAGGACAUCAUGCGGGGCAGUGGAACCCAGCUAUUUGAUCACAUUGCUGAAUGCCUGGCCAACUUUAUGGACAAGCUACAAAUCAAAGCCAAGAAGCUCCCGCUGGGUUUCACCUUCUCCUUUCCCUGCCACCAGACAAAACUAGACGAGAGUUUCUUGGUCUCAUGGACCAAGGGGUUCAAGUCCAGUGGCGUGGAAGGUAGAGACGUGGUGGAUCUGAUCCGGCAGGCUAUCCGGCGCAGAGGGGACUUUGACAUUGACAUUGUGGCCGUGGUGAAUGACACAGUUGGGACCAUGAUGACCUGUGGUUAUGAUGAUCAGAACUGUGAGAUCGGUCUCAUUGUGGGUACUGGCAGUAAUGCCUGCUACAUGGAGGAGAUGCGUCACAUUGACAUGGUAGAGGGUGACGAGGGACGGAUGUGCAUCAACAUGGAGUGGGGGGCCUUUGGAGACGAUGGGACACUCAAUGACAUCCUCACCGAGUUUGACAGAGAAAUCGACAUGGGCUCACUGAACCCUGGGAAGCAGCUGUUCGAAAAGAUGAUCAGCGGGAUGUACAUGGGGGAGCUGGUCAGGCUCAUCCUGGUGAAGAUGGCUAAGGAAGAGCUAUUGUUCCAGGGGAAACUCAGCCCAGAACUCCUUACUACUGGCUCCUUCGAGACCAAAGACGUGUCAGAUAUUGAAGAGGAGAAGGACGGAAUACAGAAGGCCUACCAGAUCCUGGUGCGUCUGGGUCUGAAUCCAUUGCAGGAGGACUGUGUAGCCACACACCGAAUCUGCCAGAUUGUGUCUACGCGUUCUGCCAGCCUGUGCGCAGCCACCCUGGCUGCAGUGCUGUGGCGCAUCAAGGAGAACAAGGGCGAGGAGCGGCUUCGCUCCACCAUUGGUGUCGAUGGCUCUGUCUACAAGAAACAUCCCCAUUUUGCCAAGCGUCUUCACAAGGCAGUGAGGAGGCUGGUGCCCGACUGUGAUGUUCGCUUCCUCCGGUCUGAGGAUGGCAGCGGCAAAGGGGCAGCUAUGGUGACAGCAGUAGCUUACCGGCUGGCUGACCAGCACCGGGCCCGCCAGAAGACCCUGGAGUCUCUGAAACUGAGCCACGAGCAGUUGCUGGAGGUCAAGAGGAGGAUGAAGGUGGAAAUGGAGCAAGGUCUGAGCAAGGAGACACACGCUGCAGCUCCUGUGAAGAUGCUGCCUACCUAUGUGUGUGCCACCCCGGAUGGUACAGAGAAAGGAGACUUUCUGGCCUUGGAUCUUGGAGGAACAAAUUUCCGGGUCCUGCUGGUGCGCGUGCGUAACGGGAAGCGGAGGGGCGUGGAGAUGCAUAACAAGAUCUACUCCAUCCCGCAGGAGGUCAUGCACGGCACUGGGGAAGAGCUCUUCGACCACAUUGUCCAGUGCAUCGCAGACUUCCUUGAGUACAUGGGCAUGAAAGGCGUGUCUCUGCCUCUGGGUUUCACCUUCUCCUUCCCCUGCCAGCAGAACAGCCUGGACCAGAGCAUUCUCCUCAAGUGGACAAAAGGCUUCAAGGCUUCUGGCUGUGAGGGCGAGGAUGUGGUCACCUUGCUGAAAGAAGCAAUUCACCGGCGAGAGGAGUUUGACCUGGAUGUAGUUGCUGUGGUGAAUGACACAGUUGGGACUAUGAUGACUUGUGGCUACGAAGACCCUCACUGUGAAGUUGGCCUCAUCGUUGGUACUGGGAGCAACGCCUGCUACAUGGAGGAGAUGCGUAAUGUGGAACUGGUGGACGGAGAGGAGGGCCGCAUGUGUGUCAACAUGGAAUGGGGGGCCUUUGGGGACAACGGCUGCCUGGAUGACUUCCGCACAGAGUUUGAUGUUGCUGUGGAUGAGCUCUCCCUCAACCCUGGCAAACAGAGAUUCGAGAAGAUGAUCAGUGGCAUGUACCUGGGCGAGAUUGUGCGUAACAUUCUCAUUGAUUUCACUAAGAGAGGGCUGCUCUUCCGUGGCCGCAUCUCAGAGCGCCUCAAGACAAGGGGGAUCUUUGAAACUAAGUUCCUGUCUCAGAUCGAGAGUGACUGCCUGGCCCUGCUGCAGGUCCGGGCCAUCCUGCGUCACCUCGGACUGGAGAGCACGUGUGAUGACAGCAUCAUUGUGAAGGAGGUGUGCACCGUGGUUGCCCGGCGUGCGGCCCAGCUCUGUGGCGCAGGCAUGGCUGCUGUGGUGGACAAGAUAAGAGAAAACCGAGGCCUGGACAGCCUCAAAGUGACAGUGGGUGUAGACGGGACUCUUUACAAGCUCCAUCCUCACUUUGCCAAAGUCAUGCAUGAGACGGUGAAAGAUCUGGCUCCGAAAUGUGAGGUGUCCUUCCUGGAAUCUGAGGAUGGCAGCGGGAAGGGAGCAGCUCUUAUCACUGCCGUGGCCUGCCGCAUCCGGGAGGCUGGGCAGAGGUAGAGCCAGAGACCACACGGGACUUCUCUGCUUCCUGGCCACUUCCCUGCUUUAAGUUAUGAGGAUGGACCCCUUGGCAUUUCCUGGCAGAGAGGACCCUGUGAGACUGCUUUUGUCUAUGUAUUCACUGUAGAGUUUGGCACCCAAUCCUUGGCCUUCCUGAGAAUCAGAAAGUAUGGAAUUGUUCACAGUUGUUCCUGUCACCUCCUGAGAUCAUCCCUCCCCAUUCUAUUUCCUGUACAAUCCUAAGGGAUGGAGAUAGUCUUGAAGACAUGGUUGCCUCAUCUUGGAGAUGAAUGUGACAUUUGCAGGUGGAGAACAUCUUCUUGAAAGGAUGUUUGCUUCUCUUAUGAGAGGCAGACAUUGGGAGGGAGGAGGAGGAGCAGAGGGACAUCCUCCGGGUGGCCGUAUGGCUGAACCCUCUUCAACUCAACCAUAAGCAUCGCCCUGCCGGUUCUCACAUUUGCUGUCCUGGAAUAGAGAAUCCAAACCAAAGCCAAGAGUUAACACCUCCUUCGAGCGUUUGUGGCUUUACCUCACAUGACUGAAUGAGUCAUCAUCCAUGAACAACAGACCUUGGUAGAGGGGUCACUUUUGGUAGCUUUUUAAAAUUUUUUUUUUCCCCUGCAGAAGUGGAAACACUGUUUUGUUUGUUUGUUUGUUAAUUUAUGUUUGAAAUUUAUUUAGUUUGUGAAGUAGGUCCUCUCCUUCAUCGUGUAAUGGUUAAUUGUAAGUAAUGUAUUUAUAUGGUUUUUUGUUCUGUACAUAGCUAGCCAGGGCCUCAAGUCUCGGCCUCAUUAAUAGAUUGGUGUAGUUCAGGAUGUGAGGUGGAGGCACUGGCUGACUCCCAGAAACACCUCCUUCACCUGAGGGAAGAGGAGAGAUGUGGUGGUUGAAUGGCAGAGCAACAGCCUCCAGGCUUCUCCUGCCUCUACAGUCUGAGAUGUAUGCAGGGCAGGGAUGGAGACUGAGGCUAACCCCUGGAUGGAAAAAACCACAGCAGCUGGCUGGCCAAUCUGUCUGCUUUCCUGAGUGAUAUCUCCUAGGAUGUUAGCCAAAGGAAACCGAAGGACCUGUUCAAAUACUGCUUAGAAAAAAACUCAAUUGUAGGUCAGUCAGUGUUUUAAAAAAUGGUUUGGCAAGCUAAAGGAAGCCACCAAAAAUGUUUCUACAGCUAUGUCCAAUUGUCAAAGCAAACCAAAUGAAGCAGUGAAACAACCAAACCAAACCUCAGGGAUGUUGUACCUUUGCCCUCCUAGCAGAUUCCGCCUCGGGUUUGUCUUGUGUUUUAAAGAGGCGCUGUCUGUCUGCUCCGGCAGAUCCAGCUGUGUUGAGCCACUCACUCACUUUUUUAUAUGAGCUAUUUAUUUCAGACUGUUCGAGAAACAGGAGGUCAUGAAAGCCCUGUCCUCUGCUCUCUGAGCAUACGGUUCCCUCUGACUCCAAAAGUUCACUUCUAUCCUCAAAAUAUUAGAUUGACCGCCAACAUUAAACAUGGUUAUGACAUAAUAAAGAGGGAACAGCCUUGUAACACUAAUAAAUAGGAUGGAUACAGGAGUCAAAACAGAAAGACCAAGAGAAACUUAUCAUUGUUAACACCUAAGUUCUAUGCAUUUUUCAAUUGUGUAGAGCAAAGCCUGGAUACAGUUGAACAAGGUGGCGUACAAAAAUGAAAAAUGCCCAGGUCCUCCUGGGAUGCCCAGAGGGAAGGUUGGAUCUUGACUUGUUCCAGGCUGGCGCUGCCUGUGUGGUGUAGCACCCUUGUUCCCCCAACCUGAUUCAGGUCAUUGGAAGCCAAAGUCACCUGUAGAUGUGGGAACCACUAGAGGGUAGCCCUGGAGUGCAGAUGGAUUUUGACUAAAUUUUUGAGUCUUGAAUUUUAAACUUUAAAAUCAGGCACUAUCUAUGAGAGAGGGCACUUUUUGGCAGAGAUAUGUGUGUAAGUAGCUUUUAAGGAAGUGUUGGCUCUUGAUCCAGAGCAUGAGGCAGUGUGCUGUGUUCCUAGAACUAGGCUGACUGCUCCCAGCACUAGGGUGACAGCCCUCUGCUAAUGCUGCUUUGUGUGAUAUCCAAUGAACCUUUGGCUCAUCUCAAAUCCCUGGGCACUCAGUCUAGUGAAUGUGAUGUCACCAUGUACAGUAGAGAACUAGUCUUGAAUUAACCAUGUGAUGUUAACUAUUAUUAAUAAAUUUUAACUUUUUUUUUUUCAAAAUA